AUGGGCAAAUCCUCCAAAGACAAGCGCGACGCGUACUACCGGCUCGCCAAAGAGCAAGGGUGGCGCGCCCGAAGCGCCUUCAAGCUCCUGCAGCUGGACGAAGAAUUCGACCUCUUCGCCAACGUCUCGCGCGUCGUCGACCUCUGCGCCGCCCCGGGCUCCUGGUCCCAAGUCCUGUCGCGCGUUCUGAUCAAGGGCGAGACGUUUGGCCGGGCCGCAUGGCAGGACCGCGAGGCCAAGUUCAGGCAGCAGAUGCUCGGGGUUCUCCCUGCACAGACCGCCGAGCAGCAGCGAGCGCAGCUGGAGGCCGAAUUGGCGCAGCAGGUCACCGAGUCGAAACCAAGAAAGGACGUCAAGAUUGUCUCCAUUGAUCUGCAGCCCAUCUCUCCGCUGGCUGGCAUCACGACACUACGGGCGGACAUUACCCAUCCCGCCACCGUCCCGCUCCUGCUGUCCGCUCUUGACCCCGAGUACGAUGCGGCGGCCCUCAAUGGCAACAACCAGGCCUCCCAACCCGUCGACCUCGUCAUCAGCGACGGCGCGCCUGACGUGACCGGCCUCCACGACCUCGACAUCUACGUACAGUCCCAGUUGCUGUUCGCUGCGCUGAACCUCGCGCUCUGUGUCUUGAAGCCCGGCGGCAAGUUUGUCGCCAAAAUCUUCCGCGGCCGCAACGUCGACGUCCUCUACGCGCAGCUCAAGAUCUUCUUCGAGCGGGUCGUCGUGGCCAAGCCGAGGAGCAGUCGCGCCAGCAGCGUGGAGGCUUUCAUUGUGUGCCUGAACUUUAGGCCACCGCCAGGCUUCCGCGCCAGCCUGAACGAGCCCCUCGGCGUCGGGGACAGGCUGGACCGCAUGGUCGCGCAGCGGGCGAUGCAGAAGCCCAUCGUCGCGGACGUGCUCAUGCAAGACCCAGCGAGGGCCUCCUGGAGCUCCCUGGAGCCGCCGGCCUUCUCCACCGCCGGCGACCAGGUACCCGAGUUGAAGGUGUACGACGAGACGGAGGAUACAUGGCAGGAACAGAAGCACGUCCGGUGGAUUGCUCCCUUUGUCGCCUGUGGGGACUUGUCGGCGUUCGAUUCGGACGCCUCCUACCAACUACCAGACGACUACGUCUCUCUAGACCCCGUCCAGCCACCCAUUGCGCCUCCGUACAAACGCGCCAUUGAGAUGCGCGCGGCCGGUCUCUCGCGGUGA